CUCUCUUUCUGACACACAACACACAGAUCAGCGGUCAAUGGCCAUGGAGCAGCAGAGAAAGCAGAAGAUGGUGCAAGAACAGGAGGAAACAGAAGAGAUGCAACAUGGCCCUUUCCCUGUUGAAAAACUUCAGGAAUGUGGGAUUGCUUCCCUCGACAUAAAGAAGCUUAAAGAUGCUGGUCUCUGCACAGUGGAAUCUGUAGCAUACUCUCCUAGGAAAGAACUUCUUCACAUAAAAGGAAUCAGUGAAGCUAAAGUUGACAAAAUCAUUGAGGGGGCUUCAAAACUGGUCCCUUUGAGUUUCACUAGUGCUAGCCAACUUCAUGCUCAGAGGCUUGAAAUCAUUCAGAUAACUUCUGGAUCAAGAGAACUUGACAAAAUUUUAGAAGGAGGAAUUGAGACGGGAUCUAUAACUGAAAUAUAUGGAGAGUUCCGCUCUGGAAAGACUCAGCUCUGUCACACACUAUGUGUCACUUGCCAACUUCCAUUAGAUCAAGGGGGUGGUGAGGGAAAAGCAAUGUACAUUGAUGCUGAGGGCACUUUUAGGCCACAAAGACUCUUACAGAUAGCAGACAGGUUUGGGUUGAAUGGUGCUGAUGUUUUGGAGAAUGUGGCCUAUGCUCGGGCAUACAACACUGAUCAUCAAUCAAGGCUUUUGCUUGAAGCAGCUUCAAUGAUGGUAGAAACCAGGUUUGCUCUCAUGAUAGUGGACAGUGCUACUGCUCUCUAUAGGACAGAUUUUUCUGGUAGGGGAGAACUGUCAGCAAGGCAAAUGCAUCUUGCAAAGUUCUUGCGCAGCCUUCAGAAAUUGGCGGAUGAGUUUGGUGUAGCUGUUGUUAUUUCUAACCAAGUUGUUGCCCAAGUGGAUGGUUCUGCCAUUUUUGCUGGGCCUCAAAUCAAACCCAUUGGUGGUAAUAUUAUGGCUCAUGCUUCUACAACAAGGCUAGCUCUCCGAAAGGGGAGAGGGGAGGAGCGAAUUUGUAAAGUAAUAAGUUCUCCAUGUCUAGCAGAGGCUGAAGCUAGGUUUCAGAUUUCAACAGAAGGUGUAAUCGAUGUCAAGGACUGAAUUUUGCUGGCCAAUUAUUUUGCCGUACUUUUUUGAGGUCCUCCAUUCAUCAAGGCGUGUUUCUGUAUCUGUUGUUGAUCUACAACCCAGAAGGAAAAGUUUGAUGUUUUUGUAGGUGGAAGAGGACGACCCUACAAGUUGAGGAAACUGUAGGGCAGCUAUGAAUCAGCACAGAUUUCACCUUUCAGCAAUAGUAUUCUGAAUUUUUCUUUGGUGUGUUUGCUUCUAAACUUUCUUUGGUUGAUUGUUCUUGUAUUGCCAAGAGAAACACUAUGUGGAGAAUGGAAUCAUCAAAGCUUUCAUG